CCUUGUUUAGCCUUUAGGAAGUUCGGAGGAAGUUGCGAUCAUAUAGCCAUCUGAGCAACCAAGGUCAGAAGAUGAACUGAUUUGAUGUAAAGAUGGCCAACUCAUUUUCUAUUCUCCUAUCGUACAUCGAUAACCUCCUGUGGUUAUGCACACAACUAUUUUACGGAAUCUUGCUCAUCAUAGACUUUAAUUAUAAGCUUGUGACAACUCUUUAUAGGGGCUUUGUCCAACUAUGGGGGCUGUCAGUACAAGUAGCGAUAACUAUUGGGAAUGCAUUUGUGUCCAGCAUCGAGUUCCUUGCAGAGUUGCCUGUGAAGAGUUUUCAUCUGGGAAAUUAUCUGCUAGAACUUGUUCGGAACCUGGUGAGCAAUGCUAGCCAGGCAUUUACGUCCUGGUUUUGGGUGACACUAGCAAACGGUUUGGAGAUGUUGACAGCCAUCUUCAAGAAUCUAGGACUGGCAUUCAUCAGUGUUUGGACUAAAUUGUUUGAUUUACUUGUCUUCCACUCUACCCAGCUUGUGGAUGUCAUCACCUCACAACUUGAAACCACCUACAACGAUGUAAACAAAGCCAAAGCAAACACUGUACAUGUCCUGCACAGUGUUGGAAGUGAGAUGCAGGGAUCUGUGCUGGGUGUUUGUAACGUAAUCUUUGAGUACUUCAUCACUGUAGUGACCUACCCCAUUGCCAUCUUUAACGCAUGCACCAAGAGUAUUCUUGAAGGAUUGUACUUCUGUGUGAGAUUUUUUAAGGCUAUAGUAGAUUCUUCUGUGAGGAUUUUUGAAGAUCUGAUUGAAAUUGUUUACUCCAGCAUCAGCAGUAUCGCAAAUGGUCUUUAUUAUAUUAUGAACACGUUGACUGAUAUUGCCACAUUUUGUAUCACAGUGAUAGACUGCAUCAGCCAAACGCUCAGUGCAUUUUUUUAUAGUGCGGCAGAAAGUUAUUUGUCAAUAAGUUCGUUCAUGGUAAAGAAUUGGGGUGCCCUCUUAGCUCUUGCUCUCUGUGUCACCCUUGUGUGGGUCACCAUCAACAUGACUAGGCAGCACGACAGAAAUAUCUUCCAAGAUCUCAUUCGAUUUGUAAAAAGCUUCACACAUUAUCUACCCCAUGCGAUUGAAAGGGAGCCGGUGAGACCUGAAGGCCACCUUCACCAUGACAUUCGCCCUCAAGGUCAGCAAAGAGUGGAACUUCAAGAUCGGAAUGAAGAGAAUGGAAACACUGGUGCUGGCCAGGAUUUGCCAGUUGGUUUAGUAGGAGAAGGGGACCAGCCUGGUCCUAGUAGGCCCAUACACACUCUGCACUCACCAUAUUUGUUACGAUCACGACCUUUCACCCCAUCAGGUGAGCCCUCUGGAGGAAACAACCCAAUAGAAAGCACCAUGAGUGACCUUAAACACAGAUUAAGCAAGGAACAAGAAAGAAAGACAUGCGUGGUGUGUCUGGAUGCGGUAAAGGAUACGCUCUUCUUGCCCUGCCGACACCUUUGUGUCUGUCUACCCUGCGCUGACAAGAUAGUAAGCAAUGCAGACAUACUAUCACGGAGCUGCCCUCUGUGUAGGACUAGGAUUGGAUCAAUUGUUGAGGUUUACAGUUAAAGAAAAUAACAUUUUGCAGGGUCAUUCAAAAUGAGCUUCCUUGCUUGCACGUUUAUUAACUUUAUUUGUUUUUCAUCAUUUGAAAUGAUAAUUUCUACUUUUCUAGCCAGAUUUUAUUUUUGUAAAUGAAAGUACACAACACAUGUACUUGAAUUAGGCCUUAGUGCAGGCCUGCAUGAAUGUGUUUUCUUUCAUUGUUCAGAGAUGGUGACGAAAAUAUAUUAUGUAUGUAGGACAAGUGUUUGGUCUAUUGCUGUCGUAUCCUAUACCUGUACAUUUACAUUGCCAAUAAUAAUGGAAACUGACCAAAUUACCCAUUUCUUUCUUAUUGAUCUGAUCAAAGCUUAAAUAUUGCCAUCUACUUAAAAAAAAAUACCAGUAGUUAGAAUUCAGAUGCAGCCAUUAACGUAUAGAAGAAAAUACCCUAGGUUUGCCCUUUGAAUGCUUAAAAUCUAAAACAAUGAUUUAGGCAUCAUCCCAUCUAAAUUAAAUGUAUAUGAUUUUGUACUUCAAACAGAUUGACUGCAUG